AUGGCUAGAAGUGAAUUAAUGACCAUCGGCGCCGCCGGUGCCGCUCUGGGAGGUGCCUACAAACUCGCCGAAUUUCUCACCAAAGCUAAACGCGUCCGUGACGUUGGCCCUUCUAAUGCCGUCUAUGUGCGCAUCAUCGGCCGCGUGCGAUCCGACCUGGAGGAGGUUCGACGUCUUCUUUCGGUGCGCGAAAUCCACGACAUCCUCGAGGCCAAUCCUGAAAAGUCCAAAUGGGUCUACGGUUGCAUGCGCGACGUGCGCGGCGCCCUUGAGAACAUGACACCACUGACUGAACGCGUUGCGGGCGAUGUCGAGGACGGCCGUCGCAUCGGCAUCAGGCACCGCGUCUACUGGGUCAUGAGUGAGAAGGAGAAGCUGGAGAACAGGGAGAAAGAACUCAACAUUGCCCACAACAGUCUUGCCGAGGUCUUGGGUUACUUGACCGCUCUGGAGCCGGUCGAGGAGCCCAAGCACAAGACGGCCAAGAAGGAGACUCACAUCGACAUUGACAUUCAUCAAGAGGCUCCUCCUCCACCGCCUCCCCAGCCUCAACCUCUGCCUCAGCCUCAACCUCAGCACCAUCACCACCACCAACCCACCCAUGCUACGCACAUUGACCGGGAAGUCUGGAUCGAGCGUGAUGGUGCGCCCAAGCAGCACUUUGAGGAACACCGCGACGUCUAUGUUGAGCGCGACCGCCAGCCUCCGGCUCACUACGAAGAGCAUCGCGACGUCUACAUUGACGAGCGCCACCGCGGUCCUGCCCCUCAGCACUUGGACGAGCGCGGUCAUGGUCCCCGCUAUGAGCCUUCGCACGCUCACUGGGAGCAACACGGCCGUGACCAUCGCGACGCUCGCUACGAGACCCACUACGAUGAGCGCUACGAACAGGAAGACCACUACCGCUCCGAGUACCCCAUCCAGACCCAGGACAGGUACAACCAGGCUCGUCCCUUCCCUGAACCGCUCGGCCGCCGUCCUGAUUCGUUCGAGCGCCAAGGUCAGUACAGCACUCACGGAGGACAAUACGCAGAGUAUGGCGCACCACAACCCAUUGGUGCCGCCAGCUACUCGCGUAAGUUCAAAGGCGACGCGGGCUUUGGCGACGAAGAGAUACUAAAUCCGCAACCAGUGCCACUGGACCGGAAGUACACUGAACGCGAGAUGUGGAUUGAACAAAAGGAGGAUUACCGCUUCGAUCAGUAUGGGAACAGGUUGCCAGAUAGGCUCUUUCAGCAGCCAUCUGCUCCUCUUCCUCGGCCCUAUCGCAGCCGCAUGUAAGCCGCUACAUGACACCGUCACCGACCUCUCUUGGAUACGAUCAAUCGUCUCUCCUUUUUUGCAAUGUCACGAGCCCUUUUUUGUCUUUUGUGUAAACAUGUACUUCCCCCGAGCCCGAUAUCUCUACGUAGCUACCCGAAUUCAAGUUGAUACCUCCUCCCC